GUGGACUCACCGCUAACCCGGUUGACAGUUUCGCCAUGGCUUCCCAAUGAUAACGUAAACGUACAAAAUACCUGUCAAAUGAAAUAAUUUGGAGAUGGCGGAACACCCGGCGAGUGAAAACCUGGCCAGCAAGGCGGCCGAGUUUCAAGCGACGGCGGAGGCUUACUACAGUAUCGCCGUGGAGAAAGUGAAGGAUGUUGUACUGUCGCUGCCUGAUGAUAUCAGACCAGGGCCAGACCUGUACGGGCUGCCAUGGGAACCAAUCAUCAUUUCCAGCCUGGUGGGGCUUGUAACAGUGCUGGUAUUCAGCUGUCGAUGUUAUAGUUCUGUCAAAAGCAGAAUGUAUCGAAGUAAAGAGAGGCGCAUGGCAGAGCAAGUGGCAGAGCUGCUAAAUGAGAAAUGUAAAGUCCUGGAGACUCUCAGCAAAUGUCAGCAAGAGUAUGAUGACCUGGAGAGCUCACUGAGGGACAGUGGUGUAUUGGCCCAAACUGAAAAGACAGAGCACCUGCAGGUCAAAGCUAGGGAGUUGGAGCGAGCUAAAAAGGAUCUAAAGAGAGAUCUGGGGCAACUGAAGGACCAGCUGGACCAACAGAGAGAGCACAGGAUGCAGCAAGAGAGAAGGAUAGCUGACCUGGAGGAGAGCAUGAAAACAUGUGAAGAAGAAACCAAACAACUUCAGUCACAGGAAGAACAGGCACAGACCACUCUGAAGGUAUAUAGUAUGAACAGUGACCGACUACAAAGGAAGUUGGAAACAGCUGGAGAGGAGAACACACUGCUCCAGGAGAGUAACUCACAGUUGCAGCAGCAGAUGGAGGGAUGGGUGGAGCGAGUCAAUGAGUUGGAGGAGGAGAUGAGGAGGUGUGAAAUCUCCUACACUGGGAUGCUGCAGGAUGUGACCAACAAAGAUGAGCGCAUCAAGUCCCUAACAGACCGGCUGCUGAGCAUGAAAGCAUGGGAUUCAGACCUGGAGGAAGAAGAGGGUAAGGAGGAAGGAGAGAGGGAGAGCUCAAAUGGGACAGCAGGAGGAGAAGGAGGAGAGAAUGGAAGCGGAGUCACACCUGACACACAGCACCACCUCCAGAAAGUUCAGAAACUCAUCUAUGCUGCUAAGCUGAAUGCAGACCUCAAAUCAGUGGAUGAGGACAAGGACAGAGCAUUUGCCAAACUGAAUGAUGAAGUUAGAGCUAAAGAAGAACUGCAAGAGGGCAUGAAGGACAUGGAGAGAGAGAAACUCUCUCUGCAGGCAGAUGCUGAAUACUACGGAGACCAAGUCCAGCGAUUGCAGCAGAAACUCCAGAUUAUGACAGAAAUGUACCAGGAGAAUGAACUAAAACUGCACAGACUGUUAACGGUAGAGGAGAAGGAGCGCUUGCAGAAAGAGGAGAAGCUAAGUAAAGCAGACAGGAACAUCACAUUGGCCAUGGAGGAGCUCAGCAACUACAGGCAGCGGGCAGAGGAGAUGGAGGAAGAGCUUGAGAAAACCAAACAGUCUUACCAGACUCAGAUUUCAGCACAUGAGAAGAAGGCUCACAAUAACUGGCUUGCAGCCCGAGCAGCAGACAGAGAGCUGGCGGACAUCAGGAGGGAAAAUGCCCUCCUCAGACAGAAGCUGACAGACACACAGUUUAAACUGGAUGCCCUUGACAAAGAUCCCUACGCCUUGGACAGCCUGGCUAGACCACUACCAUUUCGAGGUGAAAGGUCCCCUUACGGCCCCUCUCCUUUAGGUCGCCCUGCUUCCGAAACCCGAGCCUUCCUAUCUCCUCCCACACUGAUGGAUGGACCUCCCCCUAGAUUGUCUCCUAGAAUGUCUCGUGGUCCAAUGGAGCCCCCUGGUGGCCAAGGGGAGCUGGAGCGGAGUGGAGGUCCUCACUCAGACAGUGGUUCCAUCUCUCCAACAUGGGAGAGAGAUCGUAGGGGGCCCCCAGGACCUCCUGGGCCUCCAGGGCCAUUAGGACCUCCAGGCUACAUGUUUCCAGAAGCAGGAGGUCCCAUGUUCAGGAGGCCAGCACCUCCUCCAGGAGCUCUGGGCAUUCCUCCUCCUGGUUCCAUCCCCCUUGGCCCUCUCCCUCCCAGGGGUCUCCCUCCUGGGCCUCCUGGACCCCCCCACCCUCCAGACAUGGCUGAGGCGACUUUUGGCGUAAACAGCCUUGGACCUGGUGAACACCGAGAGCCUGGUCCAGGUGAUCGCAGGACUCCCCCUGAAGCAGAACGCAGAAUGGGGGACGCCCCCCCUCUGGGCCCCACCAUGGGCCCCAUGGAUGGGCCAUUUCCUCGUAGACUGCCCUAUGGACCCCCACCUCCUGAUUUCUACCCUCCCAGGGGACCUGGGGGGCCUCCCAUGAUGCCUAUGUGGGCUCCUCCUCCUCCUCACCCAGGGAUGAUGUUCCCGCCUCGUUUCCCUCCUGGCGGAGGUCCUCUUCCUCCUCAUCCUCACAGCUACGGCCCCCCCAUGAGACCCCCCCCACCCGACAGCUUUGCACCUCCUUCCAUGGGUCCUCCUCCCCCUCGUCAGCCCCUCCCAUCUCCAACACACAGCCAGUCUCCAGAUGAACACCCACCUUCGCCUGAUCAUGCCAUCUGAACCUGACCGAGAUUUACUUGAUUUGUUUUUGGUUUCAAUUGAACAAGAUGGUGUAUGGAUGAUGGGCAGGUUGCUGAUUUCCCUUCAUGCAUUUACAGUAAUGUCUAUUUAUUAACCAGGGGAUGUAUUUUAUACAUAAUAUGAGCAAGAGAGAAGACCAUCCACCUUUAUUGCUAUUAAAUCUCCAUCCUCUUUCUUGAUGUUUCUCUGUCAAACUGCUAUUGUCUUUUCUUCCAAUCAUCUUCCCUUUCUAACUCUUCUCUCCUAUCAUGUUACACUCUCUGUCCCAUCACCAACUAACAAUAUUUCCUGUGAGGCGCUUCCUGUUAUUGCGUUGUCAAGGUGACAACAAGCAGGAGAGCUCAGGGACUACUUCCUGUUUGGAAGUCAUGUCACCAGGCUUGUGCUUGAUGAUACCAGAAGGCUUUCUAAAUGAACUUGUCUUGCUGUGUGAGUAUGUAGAUGUGCUGUGUAUGUGGAUUGUGUUGCAGAGGAUGGAGAGCAGAGCAGAGCAGCAUCACUCACAUCAUUUCAUCAUGAGAAUAUAGAGAGAGGAACUGAAUUGAUCUCUGGAGCAGAAGACAGACUUUGUUCCAUAGGCUAGUUGCAUUCUGUUGUAUAAGGACUCUUAACAUUAGUGCUGUCAUAGUCAUUUCAAAGGGUUUUCCCUUUGGGACGGGUGUCAAGCAAGACUUGACUUGUUGACUUGGACUCAGCUACACCAAGGUCUUAGUCAAACUGGAUUAUUUCAACUCAUUUUAUUUUGAGAUGAACUGGGUUGGUCCUCUUGGUGCUGAAAGCUUUGAAAUGCUCCUCAGAGGCCAAAUGAGACCGUUUGCUUCAGUUUCCACAUCCUCCAACAGAGUUGUUUGGAUUUUUUUGCAACUAGGUUAAUAAGGCUGUUAUUCCAAACAAUUUUCAUCAUGUGUUACUAUCACUUCCCAGAUGACCCUGGCAUGAAAAAGUGGCUUAUGAUAGUUGUCUUUUAUAAUAAUGAAUUUUUAAAACAGUAGAAUGGCAGACUGAACUGUGACCCGUCCUAAUAGACAUACAACAGUGAACUGAAUGGACUUAAUGGAGGAGGAGUUCCUUUCAGAGCCAGAAAGAUGAAAACUAUGUGGAUUUUGUAAAAAGUGAUUAUUCAUUGAAGAAUAAAGACCCUUUGUCAAAUUG